AUGAAUGUUAUCGAGUGGGCAUUUGGAAAGCGCAUGACACCAGCAGAGCGCCUGCGCAAACAUCAAAGGGCUCUGGACCGAACACAGCGCGAAUUAGACCGGGAGCGAACCAAGCUGGAAAAUCAAGAGAAGAAGCUGGUGCAAGACAUCAAGAAGAGUGCCAAGAAUGGCCAGAUUGGAGCCUGCAAGAUCCAGGCCAAGGACCUAGUCAGGACGAGACGGUAUACAUGCCAUGCAACAUCGCUCUAUAUGUCAGGUUAUGAGCUAAUGGAUAUUGCCGGAUCUAGGUACAUCCAGAAAUUCUAUCAAAUGCGAACACAACUCCAAGCGAUUUCUCUUCGUAUUCAGACCGUUCGCAGCAACGAGCAGAUGAUGCAGUCAAUGAAAGGCGCCACAAUGUUACUGGGUAGUAUGAACCGACAAAUGAACCUCCCUGCGCUGCAACGAAUUGCUAUGGAAUUUGAACGAGAAAAUGAUAUAAUGGAUCAGCGACAAGAAAUGAUGGACGACGCUAUUGACGAAGCAACUGGAAUGGAGGGAGAGGAUGAAGAUAGUGAAGAUAUUGUCAAGGAAGUCUUGGAUGAAAUAGGUGUAGAUCUCAGUCAGGCGCUGGGCGAGACGCCAACCGACAUACAGAAGACUGCAGUCGGCGAGACUCGAGUCGCCCAACCAGUUGGCGCUGGGGGGAGCUCAGCUGAUGACGAUCUACAAGCCAGGCUGGACAGCCUUCGACGGUGA